AAGUUCCAUUCUAAUGCUAUAGGCAAGGAGCACAAAAACAUGACUGUGGGCACCUUCGGUCUAGGAAGGCUUAAUGGAGCUUAUCCAGGAACAACAAGCAAGUCAUCCACAGGGAUCUGAGGGGAUGAGAUAUUUGACAGGUAUAACAUGUCUUUACAAGAAUUAAAGAUGUAAGAUGGGAUUGUAAACACCGGAGUGAGCGAGGUCUUGCUACCCUGAGGCUGCUGCAGUGCGGAGACCUGGGGGAAGCCGCCAUCACCAUGUCUGAUCAGGAGGCAAAAGCUUCAACGGAGGACUUGGGGCAUAAGAAGGAAGGCGAAUACAUUAAGCUCAAAGUCAUUGGACAGGAUAGCAGUGAGAUUCACUUCAAAGUGAAAAUGACAACACAUCUCAAAAAACUUAAAGAAUCAUACUGUCAAAGACAGGGAGUUCCAAUGAAUUCACUCAGGUUUCUCUUUGAAGGUCAGAGAAUUGCUGAUAAUCAUACUCCAAAAGAACUGGUAAUGGAGGCAGAAGAUGUGAUUGAAGUUUAUCAGGAACAAAUGGGGUCAUUCAAUGGUUUAGGUGAAGACAUUUGA